GGGCCAGGGAGAUCAUUUUUUUUAAAGCCUGCAAAACUGGUUACUUUUGCUGGCCGGCUUCUUUCCGCUGUGGCAGGAGCAGGGUGGGUUCCGCGUUGCAUUGCUCGGGAUUUUUCAGUCACACCAUUCUGAUCAGAAAAUGUCAUCAGUUCUUGAGCCCCUCUUUGAGUAUGUUGAUAAACACCAGGAUCUCUACGUUGAGCGGCUGGCCAAGUGGGUGGCAAUCCAGAGUGUAUCAGCAUGGCCAGAGAAGAGAGGAGAAAUCCGUCAGAUGAUGGAAGUUGCGGCCAAAGAUAUUGAGCGUCUAGGUGGCACGACAGAACUGAUGGACAUUGGAAAACAGAAGCUUCCAGAUGGUUCGGAGAUUCCUCUACCUCCAAUUAUUUUAGGCAAACUUGGCUCUGAUCCUCACAAGAAAACCGUGUGCGUUUAUGGACACCUGGAUGUACAGCCUGCAGCGACAGAGGAUGGGUGGGACAGCGAGCCUUUUACCCUGGUAGAAAGAGAUGGAAAGUUGUAUGGCCGAGGGUCAACAGAUGACAAAGGUCCUGUGCUUGCCUGGCUGAAUGCUUUAGAGGCUUAUCAACAAACUAAACGGGAAAUCCCCGUGAAUGUCAAGUUUUGUUUAGAAGGUAUGGAAGAAUCUGGCUCUGAAGGCCUAGAUGAGCUCAUAUUUGCACAAAAGGGCACUUUCUUCAAAGAUGUAGACUAUAUUUGUAUCUCUGAUAACUACUGGCUGGGCAAAAAGAAGCCCUGCAUUACCUAUGGCCUCCGAGGCAUCUGCUAUUAUUUCAUAGAGGUGGAAUGCAGUGACAAAGACCUUCACUCAGGAGUAUAUGGUGGCUCUGUGCAUGAAGCUAUGACAGACCUGAUUGCUUUGAUGGGAUCACUAGUGGAUAAGAAAGGAAAGAUCCUGAUUCCUGACCUGCAUGAUGUGGUGGCUCCUCUCACUCAGGAGGAGGAGAAGCUAUAUGAUCAAAUUGACUUUGAUUUGAAUGAGUAUGCAAAAGAUAUCGGAGCCACACGAUUGCUGCAUGAAACCAAGAAAAACAUCUUGAUGCAUAGAUGGCGAUACCCAUGCUUAUCCCUCCAUGGAAUAGAAGGCGCUUUCUCAGGAUCGGGUGCCAAAACUGUCAUUCCACGGAAAGUUAUUGGCAAAUUUUCAAUAAGACUAGUGCCAGACAUGACUCCAGAAGUUGUGACCAAGCAGGUUCAAGAUUACUUGUCCAAAAAGUUUGCUGAACUGCACAGCCCCAAUAAAUUCAAAGUCUAUCUGGGCCAUGGUGGAAAACCUUGGGUAUCAGAUUUUAACCAUCCUCACUACAUGGCUGGGAGAAAAGCAAUGAAAACAGUAUUUGGUGUGGAGCCAGACUUGACCAGAGAAGGAGGGAGCAUUCCCGUCACGCUAACCUUCCAAGAAGCAACAGGCAAGAACGUAAUGCUGCUGCCUGUUGGAUCAGCAGAUGAUGGAGCCCAUUCUCAGAAUGAGAAGCUCAACAGGUACAACUAUAUUCAGGGCGUCAAACUGUUGGGUGCAUACCUGCACGAAGUUGCCCAGCUGAAGGACUGAAUCUGAAUGUUGGCCUUGCAAACCAAAUACCUGGAGAGGACCUGCAAGUUCUUGCAACAUACUUCCUUGCAACUUUAAAAACUGCACAAAUUACCUUCCCCCCCCCCUCUUUCUACCAGACUAACUCACACAGAGAUGCCUGGCAAAAUACUUUUGAACUCCAGACUGAGCACCUUAUAAAGUUGGAUCUUUGGCCAAAAUCACUAUCCUGUUCCGGUCAGUUAUUGCUGUACUGCAAAGCCCUAACUAUAGUUCCAAACCACCAUGGGAGUGGGAACACACAUGAGGAAAGCUGUAUAUGGAAAGCCUCUAUUUUCCCAAUGACGAUAUGUGUAAACUGGCAGCUAGGGAUUUUGUUAAUGUCCCAUCAGCUUCUCCAUAGGUUUUCUGUAAUCAUCUCUAGAUCUUAUACAAUUCUUGGCGCCAGAAUCUGUGGUGAAUCCACACCUUUUGCUGGGCAAGAACUGUGUUUGUAUUCACAAGUUCAGACAAGGCAACAAAGUCCUCUUUGGAAAGUUCUGAAAUUGGAAGAUAGGAAGGGGGUGCAGAAGAGGCCAAAUGAGGUCUCCGUUCCUCCUCUACCCGUCCUCUGGGCUCUUGCUGUGUCUUUCUAGACAGCUGUGCCUCUUGGCAGUCUCUGUGGACCUUGUUGACACUGCACACUCCAGGUUAUUCAUAACAAACUGGUAUUUUUCUAAAGCAUUCUUUGUACUCACGAGUGAAAAGCUGCUAAAUAAUAAUUAAAAGAAAUCUGGCUCUA